AGAGUACUGUACUCUGAUCAGAAACUGGUCAGAUGCCCGUAUUACGGAAAAUCUAAUCCACAUGUGAUCAUAAUCCAGGUUCUCUGAACUAAUUUCCAGUCGGGUAUGUCCAUCUCUCAUGAUUUUAUACCAAAGUAAAAUGUACUUAGUACAGACGUGAAGCUUCACAAGAAAGACAUUUCGUUAGACGAUAACUUCAUCAAAUGGUAUAUAUUCCGUCCUGUCCCAUGGAAAUUACCUGAUAUUUUCGAUGGUUCAUAUGGAGCCCGGAAUGGCGUUUGGUUCAACAAACGGACCAUAAAACUUUGGUUCAAACUUGCGUGAAAGCAUAGAAGCUUGGAACAUGGGAACCAAUAAAUGGUUACGUAUGGUGGUGUAUGAGAGAGUACAAAAUUACCCUAUCGUUCUAACGUAUGCCUUAUCCGCCCUGUGGCACGGAUUUUAUCCAGGUUACUAUUUAACUUUUGCAAACGGAGCCAUUUUUACAAUAGCUGCCAGAACGAUGAGGAGAACAGUAAGGGAUUACUUUACGGGCAAUGCAGAACUGAAGUUGAUCUAUGACAUUGCCACAUGCAUUUUAACCCGUUUAGUUAUGGCUUAUAUUACGUUUACUUUUGUACUACUUGAUUUUUGGCCCAGUGUUCGGCUCUACCUGUAAGUACAUCAACAUUUUUUGAAUCUUAUAAAAAUUGUCUAUGGGCGCACUAAAUGUAUUAAAAAUCAAUAAGUGCCGUUUCACACGGAGCUGAUGACGCGCGUUUAAACGCUUACAUAUAAACGCUCGUCGGUCAACAAGACGUGUUUUCACAACGGCGCGUUUGGUCGACCGAAU